AUGCCAACGGUUUUACGUGCUGUUCCUACAUCUGACGUAGUGGUGACCGUCGCUUCUUGUUGUUGUCGUCGUCGUCGUUGUUGUUGUUGCUGUUGUUGUGGUGGUGGUGGUGGUGGUGGUAGUGCACCCCCGCCGCGGUAAAGAGCACGUAAAUAUAUAAUAUGACGGUCUUUUCCGACAUCACGACCGCUGCCUUUGCCACCGUGAUGUGACGUUGCUUUUGAUGGCCAACAGCGAUACCAGAAUAAUGUGGGGCCACAGCGUGCAGGUGUCAUCCGGCCCGGUCACCGUAACGUCGAUUAAUCUGAUCACUCCGCAUUUGCCCAACACGACGCAGAUCACGACGAUAAAAGGUAUGCGCGAAUGACGUGAUUCAUCCGGACAGUUUGUCGCCGGAAGUGACUGACGCGAUCGCGACGUGUUGUUUACACCGUUAGUCGUUUUCACACGCAUAUAUACAUAAUAUUACGUCAUCGCUGUUAUUCGCACUUUGGAGGACGUUUUAUUUGGACGACAUGGUUUUUAUUAUCACCAAUUUUUUUGUUUUUUUUUUUCCGCUGCCAGAAGAACCUCACGACAAAGACGGUACAAUGAUGGCCGAAAUCAAAGAGGAUAUCAUCGACGAAGUCGGUUCCGAAUGUGACCGGGAAGUGAGUAAGAUCGAUUUUUCCGGGGUCACCAUGAGAAGUAAAAAAAUGAGAGCCGUCGCCGAAAACAUGCCCCGACCAAUGUCUUGGGAAGGAGAACUGUCUGAUUCAGAAAUGAAACAAGUAACGUGGUUACAAAUUUUUGCACAUUAUAUAACGAUAUUUUUACGAACGUAAAUGAUUUCCAGGAUGAAGACAGGACCGUGGACAUGCAAACAGGAAAUCAAAAUUAUUUGUUUCCGCGAAAUGAAAAUGUAAACAAUCAACAAGAAUCUUCUGUUAAACGAGUCAUUUACGACAACAAUUUAGUGAGAGCACUAAUUUAUUUUCGUUUAAAACCCAUAUCUUUUAUUUUUUUUUAUUUUUCGUUUUUGGUACUGAUUUUUCAAUCGAAAAGUCAUUUUCAUUUGAUUCAACUUCCUAGACUUCCACAUCCGUUUUAGCUACCAGCAUCUUACAGUCCUACUCUUGGUCAUCCCAACUGUCUUCCCUAUGGAAUUUUAUUGCAGCAUUUAUAUUCCCCGUUUUAAUAUUUUCUUCUUUAUAUCUAUUUAUGUACCUAAGUUUUAAAUUUAUUAAAAAUGUUUAACAGGUUGACCGAAUGAUAGAACAUGUCAAAAGUAAAGUAACUUCAUCAAGUAACGAAAUUCCAUUACUUGUCGACAAAUUGUUAGGUGGUGGUUAUAGCCCAUUGCUGCAACAUAGGGCAAACGGAGUUAAACAAUCAUCACACAUUCCACCAACUCAAAGUCCUGACUCUGCUAUUCACUCAUGUUGCUCGCCUGCACAAUCACCUAUCACUUCAAGACACAAUCCUCCAUCAUCAUCAGGGUUUUCAUCACCGUCCACAUUCACACCAUCAUCUCUGUCAAGAAAUAAUAGUGAUGCAUCACAAUAUGGUGGAUCGCAACACAGUUCUUGUUACAGCCAAAGGUAAUACAAUAAAUAUGGUUAUUUGUUAGAUAAUUUUUAACUUUUCAAUGUGAAUAUGAUAAUAAAGAUUUCUUUUCUUUGUAUAUUGUAUUUAUAGUUAUUCAUCGGUGUCUGUUUCACCUACACAGUUUUCACCAACACAGUCUCCAAUCCAGCCAAGACACAUCCAGAGAAAUUUCCAUGAAUAUGCUGUGGCUGAGGAAACCAAUGGAUAUGAAGAAAAAAUGUCUAUGUCGGAUAUCGGUCAACAGCAUGGUAUAACAUCUGGUAUAUCAAGGCAACAGCUGAUUAACAGGUGGUGUAUUUAAUAUUUAAAGCCCCUAGUUAAUAAAAUACUAUUUCUUUAUAAAUAUCUGUAUUGUCUAUGUAAUAUUUUGUUUUUAGUCCUUGUCCGAUUUGUGGCGAUAAAAUUUCGGGCUUUCAUUAUGGUAUAUUUUCGUGUGAAAGUUGUAAAGGAUUUUUCAAACGUACUGUACAAAAUCACAAGAACUAUGUCUGUCUGCAUGGGUCAGUAUGUUUGAUCACAAUAGCUACGCGCAAAAAGUGCCCAGCCUGUCGUUUUGACAAGUGUUUGAACAUGGGUAUGAAACUUGAAGCAAUCAGAGUUGAUAGGACUAGAGGGGGACGUAGCACCUAUCCAUUUACCUAUACUAUACCACAAUCCAAUAUUCAACCACAACAUAGUGGGCAGCACUCUGCAAUGACUAAUAGUUCUGUUGACAACAAAGUCAAACAAGAAGAACGAGCAUGCAGAUCUCCACCUCAAGAAAUGCCCAGACUGAUCCCCCAAUUAUUGCAAGUAAGUAAUUUGAAUUACCAAAAAUAUGUGUAUGUAAUAGAAAUACUACUAGUGUUAAUUUAAUCCUCAUGAUUACAUAAUAUUUUCUAGCCAGAAUAGUCAUACCUUAAAGUGACAGUUUCACAAAGAAAAAAUAAUAGUAAAUUAUAAAUUGAUUUGUGUCACUAUUCUUUUAUGUGAUGUAUACAUACUAUUUUUAAAUUUACAUUUUGUUUUAUUAAUAAUUUAAAGUUAUCAAAAUGUUUUCAUUGGAACAAAACUAAAUUAUUGAGUUUUGGAACUUUAAUUAAUAUAUAUUUGUUACAAUAAUUUAUUUUGGCAAGAUGAUUCUAGUAGUUUUAAUAAUAUUUAACAUUAAAAUGUUUGGUUGAUUUAAAAUAAUAUUUAAUUCAGAAGAAAAUAUGUUAUAUUUUAGUUUUUAGCACUUGAUGAGUGUAUUCAAAUUGAUUUUAAUAGUAUCUAUAAAAUAAAUAUUGCAGACAAAUUAAUACUCGUACAAUUUUUUUUAGGAAAUAAUGGAAGUGGAACAUUUAUGGACUUACAAUGAAGGCUCAUUUGAAUCAUCAAAUGCAAGUGGAAGUUCUAUGAAUCAUUGUGGUGGUGCCAAAGAAAUAGCCAAAAGUCGUUUAAUGGCAGAAAAUUCAGGAACAGAUUUUCUUUCCAAUUUAUGCAACAUUGCUGAUCAUCGAUUAUACAAAAUAGUCAAAUGGUGCAAGUCAUUGCCAUUGUUUAAAAAUAUUUCGGUUAGAAAUACAUUUUACUAUUUUCUGCUAUUUGUAUGCAUAAUAAUAAUUUGUAUUUAUUUAUAAAAAUAUUUGUUUUUAGAUUGAUGAUCAGAUAUCAUUAUUGAUAAAUGCUUGGUGUGAGCUACUCUUAUUCAGUUGUUGUUAUCGAUCAGUUAGUAGUCCUGGGGAAAUACGUGUCAGUUUAGGAAAGUCUAUUUCAUUAGACCAAGCAAGAGAUUUAGGUUUGGCACCUUGUAUUGAGCGCAUGUUAAAUUUCACUCAGCAUCUAAGACGUUUGAGAGUAGACCGAUAUGAAUAUGUCGCCAUGAAAGUCAUUGUGCUAUUAUCAUCUGGUAUGUUUUUUUUUUAUAAAAAAAUAAAUUAUAAGAAUGUUAUUUUUUUACAAAAGUACCUACAUAAUUUUUUUUCAGACACAAAUGACUUGAAAGAACCAGAAAAAGUUCGCGCAUCACAGGAAAAAGCAUUACAUGCAUUACAACAGUAUACUAUAUCUCAUUACCCAGACAUGCCAUCCAAAUUUGGAGAGCUGUUGUUAAGGAUACCUGAUUUACAACGUACUUGUCAGGUGAAUUUAUCUACCUAAUUACAGCAUUUACUUUAAAAAAUAAUUAUGAAUGCCUGGCGGUAAUUUUUACAAACGAUUAUCUAAAAAAAUUUUGGACAAAUUCAUUUGAUAGAAUCAAAGUUUCAUAAGUUUUUAUUUGAAAUAUAAAGAAUACAGGUACAAUGUUUAAAAUAUUGUUUAAAAAAAAAAAAGCCUUAGACAAGUCCAAAAUUACUAAAAAGACUAAUAAUUAAAUCUUUAUUAAACAUGAACAGAUAAUCGCUAGUAUAACAUUAUGAUAAAAAUAAUUACUGUGUAUUUAUAAGUGUUUAAAUAAAAUUUAAUCAUUUAUAAAUUUAAUAUAGCUUUCAUAUGAAAUCGGAAUAAUGGUGAGACUGAUAUUAAAAUUGAGAAUAUUUCAAAUACUUAUUAUAAAAACAUUGUUCUAUAUUUUUAUCAUUUUUACUAACUAUAGUUGUGGAACAAAAAAUUUUAUUUAUUAUUAAUCUGUUAUUAGGUUGGAAAAGAAAUGUUGUCAAUAAAGAGCAAAGAAGGAGAAGGACAAAGCUUUAAUCUCUUAAUGGAAUUAUUAAGAGGUGAUCAUUAA